CAACAACUCUCGUAAGUUUCGCAUCUCUAGUGCGCAGCGAACAACAGUUCCAGUCGGACUGUUAUUCACAGACGCUCUUCGUUUAUGUGUGUUCUAACGAAUUUUUACUCACAUCUCUUCCGCUGAAUACUACUCUGUCGCCCGUCAAACGUAAUCUGUCUCAUCAAAUGCCACUGGAAUUAUAAACUAUUAUCUAUUAUACAGCAUUUAAUAUUAUUGAACACAAUAAAAUUUAAAUGUACAUCAUAAAACGUAAAUCGUAAUAAAUAUCCAAGUUGCAAUAUUUAAUCGAGUGUCAAAGGUGCUAAUGAAAUAUCGGAGUGCUAUAGAAAGAUUGACUCUUCUUAUGUAAUAUACGUGUUCGCAGAUUACGAAAAUGGAUUUUAUCUCUUUGGCACUGUUCACUCUUUGCGUUAUUGUGAUUUUCCGAGUUUUAUUGAUGGUGCAUUAUCAAUAUGUUGUACGACAAAAACUUAAAAAUGUUCCCCAAGUUGAUAGUUUUCCUUUUGGUUCGACAUUGGAGACAAUUAGUAUGCCGCCAGAAGAACGCUUAAAAAUGGAUUUAAAGAAUAUGGAGAAGACGUGCAAAGAAGGUAUAUACAUACAAUGGAUGGGAGGCAAGCCGUUUAUUGCCGUGUUUAAGCCAGAAUAUUUAGAGCGUAUUUUGCCCAGCACCGUAAAUAUCUCAAAAGGGUCGCAUUAUGAUAUGUUAGAAUCUUGGUUGGGCAAGGGACUUUUAAUAUCUACAGGUAAACAAUGGUUUCACGAUAGAAAACUCAUCGGGACAACAUUCCAUUUUAGUAUAUUAGAAAAAUUUGCUGUGGUCAUGACCGAAAAAGCACAAAUUUUAAUAAAGAUUCUUCAAAAAAAAAUGGACGAAAAUCCAGGGAAGCCCAUUGAUAUUUUCCCUCUUCUUAUCAACGCAACUCUUGAUGUUAUCUGCGAAACGGCAAUGGGUAUGGAUUUACGUGCUCAAGAAGUCCAAUCCAAAUAUACAACAGCAGUACAAGAAAUAGCCGAGUUAAUAAUCAAGCGAGCUUAUCAACCGUGGGUUUGGGCUGACUGGAUAUAUUAUUUAACGCCUGCAGGAAGACAGUAUAAAUCAGCUCUUAAAAUAGUGCAUGGAUUUGCGAAUGAGGUGAUAGAAAAGAAAAAGCGUGAACGACAAUCAAAAACUAACGAUACGGAACUUGAAAAUAAUGAUGAAUUUGACAUAGGUAAGAAAAAGAGGGUAGCGUUCUUAGAUCUAUUAUUAGAGCAAAAUUCAAAAGACGACACCCCUAUGACUGAUGAAGAGUUAAGAUCGCAAGUGGACACGAUUAUGUUUGCGGGACAUGAUACAACUUCGGCUGCUAUAAGCUGGACACUCUUUCUCUUGGGCAAUAAUCUCGAGCAUCAGGAAAAAGUUCAUCAAGAACUCGAAGAGGUUUUCGGAGAUUCGGAUGCACCAGCCAGUGUAAAGCAGCUACCGCAAUUGAAGUAUCUCGACAGAGUUAUAAAGGAGACGCUUCGAAUAUUUCCGAGUGCACCUGGAAUCUCGAGGGAACUAGUAGAAGACGUACAAUUGGAUGAUAUUACUAUUCCGAAAGAUCAUUCAGUCCUAGUGCAAAUAUUGCUUACACAUCGAAAUCCAGAAGUUUGGCCGGAUCCAUUAAAGUUCGAUCCAGAUCGCUUCCUUCCAGAGAAUGCGAAGGAUAGAAGUCCAUAUGCUUACAUUCCGUUCAGCGCUGGACCGAGAAACUGUAUAGGCAUGAGAUUCGCUCAACAGGAACAGAAACUCUUACUGGUUGCUAUUCUCAGAAAGUGGAGGGUAAAAAGCGUGAAAACAUUGGACACGAUCCGAUACGGUGAUUUUAUCGUUUUGCGACCCUCCGAAGAAUUGCUCAUACAUUUCAUACCCAAAAAAUGAUCGGUUUACCAGCAAAUAUAUGCUUUUUAUAAUGUGAUUUUUAUAACUUUUUCUUAUUAAUCUUUUACGUAUAUAUGCUUACACCUAUAUGCACGUAUAUGCUAUAUUUGCCUAAAUAUCACAAAAAUCGAAUUGAGAUAUCGGUAUCUAUUAAUGCAAUCAUGUUUUGAUAAUAACAAUACGUUAAAAUUGUUGUUUAAAAUUUGGGAUCUUGCCUUGCAGGCAGAAUAUUUUAAGCUAAAAUAGUUUUGAUGAUAAAUGCAAUACAAACAACAGAUUCGUAUUUUUUGCAAUAUGACGACAAACAUUAUUAAAUAUUUAAAGUUAAAACAUGUUAUAAUUAAAUGUAGAAAGGUAAUAUAAAACUGAUUAUUAAUUAAUGCCCCUAUCUUUAGAAUUAUAGUUAUUUUAUGAUUUUUAAUAACUUGUAUUGAGGAUAAUCCAAACUAUAGGAUCAAAAAGUCUACAUUAUUAAUUUUAUUGAAUAAUAAAGUUAAAUGUUGUACAACCAGAGUUAGCUCUAAUAUUUUGACAUUAUUCUUAUAAAUUUAAUUCUCUAAACCUUGUACUAUUAAGAAGAUGCUAAAGUAACCGAAAAACUUUCUCGACGUCGUACUGCAAUUAUUUUUCAAGGAAGACCAGGCUAUCGCUCUUUCUCCAAUGCAUAGCUCUGUCUUUGUUUUUCGAUUAUUUCGUCAUUUACGAAAAGACCUGUCAACUAUUAUUGGGCACCAUACUACUCUGUAUAUGACAGUUUAGCUUUGCUAAGCAAAAUAUGCAUAUGAUAAAAGCACUUUAUUUGAUCUUUUUUGUUAGGUGUUUAAUCGUAAUUUAAUCGUAAUUUCACAUGGUCAAUGUUAUUCGUACAUGUUUUCUGAAGGGUGCUAUACUAUCAUUUUAUAUCUAUAAGCUACACAGCUUCGGUAUUAAGAUAAAGUUAACUUCAGAUGGAGGCUAUACGAGGGAAUUUUUAAUGAUUUGUUCAAUUUCUGUUCAAUUUUCUUGUAAAAUUGACCUUAGCAUUUUUUCUUUUCACGCGUAUUUCAAUUCUAGAAAAAUGUGAUUCUGUAACGUCAAUUCAAAAAGAUUUAGAGCACUGUAAAUGUUGGUAAUUCACGGUACUUUAGCAUCUACUAAGUUGCUUAUUUACCAAAUAUUUGUGCGAGCGUGCGUGCGUGCGUGCGCGCGCGCGUGCGUGCGUGCGUGCAUAUGUGUGUGUGUAUGUGUGUGUGUGUGUGUGUGUGUGUGUGUACGCUGAAUCCUUUUGCCGUUAAAAUAAUAUUAAAAAAUGUUAAAUCAUUGAUUGUCAGUAGUUAACACAUUCCGAUAAUAAUUUAAGGAUAAGUUCUAUUUUUUUGGUAAAAAAAAUAAAUUUUUUAAAAUCA